UAAAAACCUCAUUUUUUACCUUACAUUACGCUCCGUACUUCAAUAUGUUAAUCGAGACCAUUGAAGAUGUACCGCUGUACAAUAAUUCAUUGCGAAUAAUGAAAUUUUGGUCAUUUCUGCUGCGUCACGAUUGGAGACGUUACUUGAGUUUGAUUCCAUACAUCAUCUUGACCACAUCGCAGUUUGUGGAUCUUUUCUUUAGUACCGAACCAAUGGACGCGAUUAUAAGGAAUGCCUAUUUGGCAGUGCUAUUUUUCAACACUACCCUGCGUGGUAUUGCAGUGUGCAUUCAUCAAACGCGUUAUGAAGAUUUUUUGGAACGGAUACGUGUCCUGUAUAUCGAUAUGAUGCAAUCCGAAGACCAAUGGGUCCGACAAGAAUUACAAACUAUUACAUUGGCCGCCAAUAACAUUUCCAGAGUCAAUUUGGUUAUGGGCACUUGUUCGGUCAUAAGUUUUUUAAUCUAUCCAAUAUUUGCCACCACCAAAGUUUUACCCUUUGGCAUCUACGUACCUGGCGUAGACAAGAAUAUUUCCCCCUACUAUGAAAUAUGUUUCAUAGUACAAACCGUAAUGGCGCCCAUUGGUUGUUGUAUGUUCAUACCAUUUACCAAUAUGAUUGUGGCCAUAAUGCUGUUCGCCAUUUUAAUGUGUAGGCGAAUGCAGAGGAAAUUGCGUCACCUGUGUCAGGUUACAUCCGAAGAGGCCAGAGCCACAAUUAUUUGGUGUAUUAAAUAUCAAACAGAGUUGAUAAGAUAUGUUAAUACCAUCAAUGAUUUGAUUACCUAUACAAAUUUGUUGGAGUUUCUGGCCUUUGGUGCCAUGCUUUGUGCCAUGAUGUUUACAUUGGUCACGGUUGAGACAGUCAGUCAAAUGUGUUUGAUUUGUGUUUAUAUCCUCAUGAUUUUUGCCCAGAGCACCAUUCUGUAUUAUUACGCCAAUAAGGUAUUCGAUGAAAGUUUAAAUGUUGGAACAGCUGCUUAUGAGAGCGAAUGGUUUGAUGUGGAUGUUGAUACACAGAGAACUUUACGAUUAUUGAUACUGAGAGCCCAGAAACCAUGUGCGAUACUGGUUGGCCGUGUUUAUCCGAUGAACUUGGAACUGCUGCAAUCAUUGCUCAACACAACUUAUACUUAUUUUACCCUAUUGCGGAAUGUUUAUGAUUAAAUGGUUUGUUAAAUUAAAUGCAUUAUAAUGAUG